UCGCACGAGGGGGAGGAGAUUUCCCUGUAGACGAGUAAAAAGCGUGAUGGACAAACGUGCGGGCACUAAGACCGCAAGGCAUUCAUUUCCUCCUACGGUGGAUGCGGACGCCGGGAGGAGAGCCCCUGAGCCAGGAGCUGGGAGCCGAGGCGCAGAGAACACGUAGCGACUCCGAAGAUCAGCCCCAAUGAACAUGUCAGUGUUGACUUUACAAGAAUAUGAAUUCGAAAAGCAGUUCAACGAGAAUGAAGCCAUCCAGUGGAUGCAGGAAAACUGGAAGAAAUCUUUCCUGUUUUCUGCACUGUAUGCUGCCUUUAUAUUUGGUGGUCGGCAUCUGAUGAACAAGCGAGCCAAGUUUGAACUGCGGAAGCCACUAGUGCUCUGGUCGCUGACUCUUGCAGUCUUCAGUAUAUUCGGUGCUCUUCGAACUGGUGCUUACAUGGUGUACAUUUUGAUGACCAAAGGCCUGAAGCAGUCAGUUUGUGACCAGAGUUUUUACAAUGGACCUGUCAGCAAAUUCUGGGCUUAUGCAUUUGUGCUCAGCAAAGCACCCGAACUAGGAGAUACGAUAUUCAUCAUCCUGCGGAAACAGAAGCUCAUCUUCCUGCACUGGUACCACCACAUCACAGUGCUGCUGUACUCUUGGUACUCCUACAAAGACAUGGUGGCUGGGGGGGGUUGGUUCAUGACCAUGAACUAUGGCGUGCAUGCCGUCAUGUACUCUUACUACGCCUUGCGGGCUGCGGGUUUCCGAGUCUCCCGGAAGUUUGCCAUGUUCAUCACCUUGUCCCAGAUCACCCAGAUGCUGAUGGGCUGUGUCAUUAACUACCUGGUCUUCAACUGGAUGCAGCACGACAAUGACCAGUGUUACUCCCACUUCCAGAACAUCUUCUGGUCCUCACUCAUGUACCUCAGCUACCUUGUGCUCUUCUGCCACUUCUUCUUCGAGGCCUACAUCGGCAAAAUGAAGAAAACCGCGAAGGCUGAAUAGUGUCAGAACUGAGGAGGAAGACAGAGCUCAGGGUCAUCACGAAAAAUAACCGACAAAAGAAAAUGGCACAAGGAAUCAUAUGGUGCAGCUAAAACAAAACAAAACAUAACGUAGGAGCAGACACAACCCGAGGCAGCUUGGGAGCAAUGAUUAGUUUGACUUAACCCAGUAAGUUUAUGAUCCUUUUUGGGUGAGGACUCACUGAGCACAUCUCCAUCUCAAAGUACUGCUGCUGAGGGGCCCCUCCCCUCUUAUCUGUCAACUCUAGAACACACUUGAUCCAAAGGGAGCCACGGGCAGAGAGAUUAGUGGGAAACAAGCAAAACACUACAGGAAGAGGGGAAAAAUCAGUUCAGAGUUAUAUUUCUCUAAGGGUAAAGAAGUUCCCCUUUUCAAACUAUGUGUGCGUGCGGGGGCACACACACACACACACACACACACACACACACACACACACACACACACACACACACUUCUUUCUAUCUUUUCAACAUGAAACCAGAACUGGUAGAAAAAGAUAAACAUGGAAGAGACACAGGGUUUAUAUCUAGAACAGCAAUGCUUUUGCAAAAAUCAAGGCCUUUUAAAGGAAGGCUAGCUUGUAGCCCCUGGACAAAAGAUGUCUUAAUUAUUUUUACUGCAGCUGAAAUAAAAAAAGAUAGAUACCCUCCCCCAUCACUGCACAGCCUCAGGCUACUGAGUUUGCUACAACCAAACAGGACAGUGCUUCCUCGUGAUACUUUAUUUCUGGGAGAAUAGAAAUCAUGCAGCCCAAAUCCCAAGAAGACCGUGUAGUUGAAGCGUCCCACGGACAACUGUUAUUUCUGCUCUUCGGUAAGAUAGGAAGCAUCCUUUGUUCAGCUGCCCCAGACUUUAGGACAGAAGAAAAAUUGCAGGAUUGAAAAGACCAGAAGCUCAGUUGACUUGAAGAUGGAAUCUUGUACUAUCUGUAACAAAACUCAGCCAAUUGCCACUGAGCUGGAAAAGGGGGCAGGACCACGGGAAAAGACCAGAGAUUCGUCCAGGAGACAGACAGUAUGUUGGCCUCUCCUCCUGUUUAACUUCACACAGACUCCUGACUUUCCAAAUAGGCCCCAGUCCAUGUUUUCUAUAUUUUUGUGACUUUCAAAAACAGAUCUGCGGGGCUCUGCCUGAUUUGGGGUAAACACUGUGUUUCUGCAUCUUCUGCAUUUGCUCCCUGAGCAAUGCAGAGGUAUAUGAAGUGCCCUCUGCUGGCCGAGUGAGAAACUUCAACAAACACACUUCAUAAUAGGUUGAAAAUAGUUGACCACACAGGGCCUGCGUAGGUUAAUUCCUAAGUUUUAAGUGCUGUCAAAUUUGACCAAAUUAGAACAGAACCUCUCUGCUUCAAGUAAGCUUCAUAAAUUUUUAAAGUGACUUUCACUUGGGAACUCAGAAAGUCAGUAUAUUAAGAGCCAUAUUCUUUAAAAAAAAAGAAAAAGAAAGAAAGAAAAAGAGAAAGCGAGACAAUGUUAUCUGUAAUAUUUCAGUCCUCUACAAGCCAAAUAAAUGUGUUCCUAAUAUUUCAAAGAUGCAAUUAUGUAAAGUUGUUCAAUGUGAUAUACUAGUAUUCUAAUUGGUUAAGUAGCUUAAGGAUUAGGCAAACUAGAUGAAACCAUUAGAGGCUACUACAGUGCGUAGAUUAUCCACUCAUAACCACGUCCACACAGAAGUGUGACGCACACGGAGCUACAAAGCCCACACGAAUAGUAACCACAAUUUUUGGCUAGCAGAAACUAUCACUUACCUUCCUUUACUUGAGAGUGUACAGUAAAAGGGAUUUUUUUUCCAAAUUAUUUUUAUAUUAUUUUAGCUUUAAUCGUGCUAUCUGUCAUUCGUGAAACAGCUGCGCAGCCUUUCUGUGAGAUGGCAUGGGGGUUUUCAGCAGCUUGUCGAUGGGUGGAAUUAGAAAAGAAUAAAGUUUGAUUCCAUUCUGUGUGAAUGGGUUACACAGUGAACAAAGAAUCCAUGCAGGUAAAGCCACGACUGAAGGCCCAGCGCCAAGCGGGCUGGGGGAGCUGUUGCAGCCAUGUUAACAUGGUGUGUGGUGGCGUCCUGUCAGCUGACAGAUGAGACGUGAUCGGAGGGAUGUGUUGUCAUUAUUAGGGCAGAAGUUGACUCGAACUGAAAGUAUAGAGCCCCUAGAGCAAGUGGAGUCUUAGGACAUAAUUGUUGGAGUUUCCUAAAUGCACAGUAGUGUACAAUGAUAAGCCUUCCCCUUGCCUUACAGAAGAAAGCGAGCAAAAUAGUGAAGACGAAAUCACCUGUCGGCUGACUUGAAUCUACUCAGGGCCAGCCUGAGGCUCAUCUGGUUGAUUCAGUUUCAUUCAGAUAUUUAUCAUAGAAUACAGGUUAUGAUAUGGAAAUAAGCAUAAACUUUUAAAAAGACUAAGCUAUGCUUCCAAAGCACCUUAAUCUUGACGCUCGCUUCAUGCUGUGUUCACUUGUAAAAUAAACUUAGACUUUUUGUGUGCAGGAUGAAUAUCUAAUACAUAGUGUCGAAACCAGCUAAAUAUAUCUAAAGGCAUCUCCGGUGUUCAUCAUGGGAAGAAAAAGCCACAUGUUUUAUAAAAAACAGAAUUCUGAUAUAGGCUCAGCACACAGUUUUUAACGUAUCAGCUUAGCUGCUCUAAUUAUAUCAAGAUACGAGGCUAGACCACUGGCCUAUGACACAUCUGAAACCCGCCAGAGAAUCGACUGCCACCUCGAUAAUAUUGCUGUCAGUUAACAUUCCGGGCAAGCAGGUGUUCUAGCUGCCCCCACUACGCUACAAUAGAUUAUCUUUCUAUUGGAGAGUUCUCACUGCAUUCCAACCUCAGUGUGGUAAAAACCCUGUUCCUGGAUUAAAUGAAAACAAACCCUUGGUUUCAUAUACAUGUGGUUUUGUUCACUAGGUCUGAGCAUCAACUCAAAAUGUGUGAGUUUGCAAUGAAAUUCUAGUGAGAAACACUCCGUUCACACAGUAGGAGAUUUUUAUCUGGACCUUCUAGUGUCACUUAGGAGAAAUGAACAACUGUUACUAUUAUUUAUUUAUCGUAUUUAUACAAUGCCAGGCCAAAGGAUUGAAUUAAAAAUCACAGUUCUCAAGGUUAUUAUUUCAGGCAGUCCCGUGUCGUUCCCUCCCCACCCACCAAGUUUUCUAAUCCUACUUCACUCUAGGAACUUGAGACUGGAGGAAAAUGCGUACGCAUUGCUUCAGGAGAAAGCAGGUUCGUUAUGUCCAUGCUGUGUCUCCAGCUGUCUUCACUUACAGGUUGAGACCGACUGACCCACUAGCUCAUUCAGAAGCUUCCUUGUGGGUUCGAAGUCUCCAGGAGCCUAGGAGAACUCUUCCAGGGAAGACACCCACAGAUUGUUUUGUUGUUUGUUUUAGGUCAAGUAGAUCUUUAUGAUGGGAUAAAUUCUGUUAUAUUAGAGUGAAAAGCACUAUUACGCUGGUGUGGAACGUUCCAGAAGUCUGGCUAUAUUCCCAAACUGCUCAAUUAGCUGGGAAUAUCCGGUUAGCAUCUUGUUCUGAUAGGAGGAUCUCUUACCCUGAGACUGCCAGACACAGAUGAGCGUAGGCUGUAGUACAUGCUGAGAGCCUUUUCCAGGAGAUGGAAUGGUCUCUGGACUACUAUUUGGACGGCACAAGUGUCAAGGGAGUUCCUAGGAGAAUGGAGAAGACCACUUUAGACUCCAUCCCAGAGUUCUGAGCUUUGAGUGGUACG